AUGACUUCUCGACUAACGACCCCGACACAUGGACCAGAUUGCGAAUAUUGUGGUGAUCCAAGACACACUCGUGAGACUUGUUUUAAAUUGCAUGGCUAUCCCGAUUGGUGGGCUACUCUUAAAGAUAGAGGACAACGCAAUACGACCAGUAAUGGUACUGGUUAUGGAUUCCAUACUUCCGCUAAGAUUGAUUCCAGGAGUUGGAUAAUUGAUUCUGGUGCAACUGAUCAUAUGACGUUUGAUCCUGAUGAUUUUCUGAAUACUACACAACCUCAACGAACCUGUAUUGCAAAUGCCAAUGGUGUUACUUAUCCUGUGACAGGGGCUGUCACUGUUGCACUCUCAUCCUCUCUCACACUGUCUAAUACUUUACUUGUUCCAUCUUUAUCCACUAAAUUGUUGUCCGAUAUUCACACUAAGGAGAUUCUUGGUCGUGGUACUAAGAGAGGGGGGCUAUAUUAUGUCGAUGACUUCAGUCCUGGCAUGGCUAACAGUGUGACGCAUCCCUUUGAUAGCAAACAAAAGCAAAUCUGGUUGUGGCACCGUCGAUUGGGACAUCCGUCUUUUAGUUAUAUGAAGCAUCUUAUACCAGAUUUAUUCUCAGAGUCACCGUGUGCCCUACCGUUGAGUACGAACAAGUGUACUACUCCAUUUACGUUAAUUCACUCUGAUGUCUGGGGACCUUCACCUAUCACUGCUCCUUCUGGUGUUCGAUGGUUUGUCACGUUAAUAGAUGAUUGUACACGGAUGACAUGGCUUUAUUUGCUGAAGAAUAAAAACGAGGUGUUUUUCCCGGUUUCAGUCCUUCCACAAACAGAUGAAACCGCUCGAGCACUUCUGAUUGGUGCUCAUGUUCCUCGCCAUCACUGGGAUGAUGCUAUUGUCACUGCAGUUCACCUAAUCAACCGCAUGCCUUCUGGUGUAUUGACCUUUAAAACUCCCUUACAGGUGCUUGCGCAACACAGACCUCUGCCCUCUGUUUUGGUACUCACACCCCGAAUCUUUGGAUGUGUGGCUUUCGUUCAUCUCCACAAAAAUCAACGUAGCCAACUUGAUCCCUGUGCGCUUCGUUGUGUUUUUGUGGGUUAUGCCACUCAUCAGAAAGGCUACCGUUGUUAUCACCCUUCUACCCGACGUACCUAUGUCACUUUGGAUGUGACCUUUCUGGAAUCUGAGCUGUUCUUCCAUGACCCAUCAUCCAAUUCUACGCUUCAGGGGGAGAUACGAAGUGAAGAGCAGAAUUGGAGCAACUUGGAAAACGAAGAAAUUCUCCUAUGUACAGAAAUGAUUGAUCAUCCUGAGUCUGGAGCACAAGAUUACUCUAUGCCGAAAAGCGACCAAUCGCCCAUUCAUAGCGAUCAAUUACCUGACCCACCUGAUCCAUACGAAGAUAUUUCUGAUCCGAGUCUCACACCUACAGACAAUACAGAACAACAAGAUGAAGACCCCCCCUCUAACUCAACAGUACCAACAGACCAAUCUCCUGAGAAUAUCCUUGGGGUAACUACUCCUACUAGACUUGUGCAUUUAGAGGAUAAAACUAUUGGAUAUCAAUUACCUUUCAGGCAAAAUCGUGGGAAGCCACCAAACCGCUAUUCACCUGAUAUUGGCAAAACAUCCAAGUAUCUAAUUGCAAAUCAUGUAUCCACUGAGAAGCUGUCUGAACCACUCAAGGCUUUUGUGCAUCAGUUGUCUGCUAUCCAUAUUCCAACCAAGGUCUCUGAAGCAUUGAAAGAUCCUAAGUGGGUCCAAGCUAUAAAAGAGGAGAUGAAAGCUUUUGAGAAAAAUCAGACUUGGACAUUGGAGACUAUACCACGAGGAAAAAAGACUAUCGGAUGUAGAUGGGUGUUUACUAUAAAACACAAUGCAGAUGGAUCUAUCGAGCGAUACAAGGCAAGACUUGUGGCAAAAGGGUACACACAGACCUAUGGUAUAGACUAUGAAGAAACCUUUGCUCCAGUUGCAAAGUUAAACACCGUCAGAGUCUUAUUGUCCCUUGCAGCUAAUUUGGAUUGGCCACUACACCAGUUUGAUGUAAAGAAUGCUUUUCUACAUGGCGAACUCACGGAGGAGGUGUACAUGGACAUUCCUCCUGGUUAUAAUACUACUCAGACUGGAACAGUUUGCAGGUUACGAAAAGCAUUGUAUGGGUUGAAACAGUCACCACGUGCAUGGUUUGGACGGUUCACCAUGGCAAUGAAGAACAAUGGUUUCAAACAGUGCAACUCCGAUCAUACUCUGUUCUUGAAACAUCGAAAAGGGAAGGUAACAGCAUUAAUAAUUUGUGUUGAUGAUAUGAUUAUUACUGGGAAUGAUAAACAGGAAAUAUCACAGCUACAAGACUAUCUGGCUACAGAGUUUGAAAUGAAGGAUCUAGGUGGACUCAAGUAUUUCUUGGGAAUUGAGGUGGCUCGAUCGCAGCAAGGCAUAUUUCUCUCUCAAAGGAAAUAUGUCUUGGACUUGUUGACAGACACAGGAAUGCUAGAUUGCAAACCUGCGGACACUCCUAUUGUUUAG